GUCAGUGUAGAGACGGCCGUUGAAGUGCCACAUUACGGACACCUUAGUGCCUUACGAUACCUCGAACGUGAUCCGAAUAGUGUGGACGAUUAAAACUUGUGUUAUGUGGGACAUCGUGUUUUCCAAAAAGUGAUUCGUUUUUGGUUGCUGAAUUUUAAUCUGAUGUUUAGCUGAGUUUUCUAGUGCCAAGGACGCACGUCUAAAGAUGCUGAAGUGGACGGUUUCGAGAUCGUUGUCGACAACCAGUUCGACACCCCACGGUCCGCCCACUUUGAACAAGCCUGCUCGCCGGCCAUUUCGGGAUUUAUCUAACACACCGCCGACGUCUGCUAGCUGUCGAACUAGGCAGGUAUCUGCACAGAAUGUAUCGAACACGUCCAGAACAACGCCGGCUCGGAGGAGAAGAUGCAGGAGUAACGGAACUGACUUGAGGACGUAUUUUCAGGCGACGAAACCACAUCUGAGAUCAAGUAAACGCCAGUCCGUGUCACAAGGAACGGAGAAUUCCCCAGUGUCUGAGAGCUUCUAUCAAAGCACACCGAGAGUGGACACCGACAUCGGACCGCUCAUGUAUUAUCCACCCGGUAGCAAGUGCUCGACCGCUCUGACCCUACCGACAGAUCCUACACUCUUCAUGAACAGUUGCACCAAAAAUUUCCAGAGCGACAACGAGCUACCGCAGAAUGUCGUCAAUGAGGCGCGAGCGAAUUUGCAAUCCCAUGUUUCCGAUUUCUUUCAACAAAUCUCGAUGGCGACCAGUCCCGAAGACGUGAUGGAGGCGGGCUCCAUGCCUUUGGGUGAAAAGACCAAGAACGCCUAUUCUCAGAACGUUGAGCAGAAGGCAAAAAUAGUGAGAACGCCAUACUUGCCAAAGCUAGCGAAAAUCACGAAGAUCCAUGCACGAUGUCGAACGCCUUAUCACACUAAACUUGCUCAAGCAAUUAGUCCUUUCAAGCCGAAGAUUGCUCAAGGACACACGCCACUCGUCGGAAAAUUGUCAAGUCUUACUAUAGAUCAAGAUUUGCCGAAGUAUGAAAAUAUGGACAACACUGUGACGGAAGUGCUUCACAGAGAGCAGGAAGUCAAUUUUGGAAGUAAAACGGUAGCGGAAAUUCUCUUGGGUGAUGCUGAGGAAAGAAAUAAAAUUCUGGAGGCGUCGUGCGAAAAACGAUCAGAUUCAAAGAUGACAAAUCAUACGUACGAGACUAUCGCGGAGGUGAUAGAGGAAGAAUCGCCGGCGCGCAACGACAGCUCCAUUUCGUCGGUCAGUCAACUCCUGGAGGAUCCCUCACCGGUGUCUUGGGCUUUCACGUCACCUUUGAACGAUCUUGAGGGUGAGUUCACGCUGAAGAGGCAACGUGGCAUUCGCCGGAAACGUCCGCGAAAGGAUGGCGACAAAGAGGUGGACGGCAAACGUGCCAAGAGGAGUCCUUCAAUUAAGGAGAAUCAGGUCACUCUGAUCGAAGCCGUCAAUCCAAAUGUGAAGAAGCUAGCAUUAGAAACAGAUCUUGAUUUGACCUUGGAUGAAAAGCACAUGCCGGCCACGAAGGUGUCUUUCUACAGCAUUGAAGAUCGUAAGGAGGAGGACAUUAGCAGGAAGACCAGUUCAUGGGAUCUCGACAGCCCGAAGUCAUCCAUGAUGGAUGAUAUUAAAAGUCCGACAGUGGAGAAAGGAAUUUCAGAGAAGUAUAUUCACAAAAAAGGGAAAAGUUUAAUAAGGUGCAAGGACCUGAGGCGGGCGUACGAAGGACCGGUGCACGCAUACGUAAAGGCAAGUCUGAAAAAUAUCAGUGGCGAGGGAGUUGUCAAGAGAACCGCAGUUCAUCGCGCCACGCCGAAUCCGGUGUUCCGCGAGACUCUUAUACUCCCCUGCCCGGCAUACAACAGUCACUGCACCGGUCACAGGCCCACGUCCCUGGACAUCGCCGUCUGGCACCGGGAUCGUCGUGCAAGGAGGCUUAACAAGCACGUGAUGCCUCGUGUACGAGAUAGUAAUCUUUCGACGUACGCCAGGGCAAUACGACAGGAAGAGAAUUUGCAGGAAGCGACAUGGCACCCUCUGGAAGCCGGAUCCGUCCGAAAUACGAGCACCCCUUUCGCGGGUGUACCUCAAGACUGCGUCGUGUCAUCGCCAUUAUCCAAGGAUGGCGAGCCAGAUAAUAACAACUCAGGAACGGACGAUCUCAUGUAUCUGAGGCAUUUGGAACUAGAACCGGUCGAUCCGCUUACAGGCCUACCUUUACAUCCGGGUUUCACUGCGAGGGGCGGUAGAACGCCGUGUACCAUCACGAGAAGGCUGCUAAGGCAAACUUCGGUCAAUCAAAUCCCAUGGGGAUUCUCGCUGUCGUGGGGCAGACCACCACGAGUGGAGCGCGUGGAUCCGGGAAGUCCAGCGGAACGCUCCGGCUUGCGGCCGGGUGAUCAUGUGGUCUUUGUAGAGACGACGAACGUCGUGACAAAACCGCGAGACGAAAUUCUGGGCCUCAUCCAGGCCGCCACGAAUCAGCUGGUGCUAGAGGUAUAUCGCAAAGGCGGUGCUCAUUCCGGCCCCCAUCACAGGCCCAGCUCGGUGAACGCGACUCUUCAACAUUCCUCCGCUGUCGGCCCCAACGUUCAACACUCAGUCACGUUCAACGCCGAGGUCUUUCCGAACUUGGCGCCUGACGCGCCACCCGAAGAGGAAUUAGCUGUACGUGAGACCAGAUAUUGGGGCGUUUUAAAGAGUGGUCACACGCGCUUCAUGGUCCCGUUAUGCGAACGACGUGAUGUCCUGUCGGCGGCAGACUACCUGAUCCUCUUUCAGAACUUGGAUGAACUGCUCAAACUGUCCGAGGAGAUCAGGGACGAAGGCGGCGGUGUCGAUAGCUAUCUCUAUAGAGUUCCUAAAAUCACAGCUGCCUACCGAAGAUACCUCAGUGGCCUACAACGUGCCUGUUGUCUGUUGGUCGCUCUCAGACGGAAUACGGCCUUCGCCAAGCUGGUCUGCGAACCCGCUGUACCCCACAAACGGCGCCCUGAUCUCACCGGGGUGCUGCUUCUACCCUUAGAACACUACAGAGAGAUGACGAGAUUGUUGGGCCAGGCGUCACCGCGAAAUUGUCAACAAGCGAGAGACUUGGCCCAGGGUUAUAGAGAAGCUACGGCUAACGCGGGUGUCAUGGAGCCCCCGCGAGACACCGGAAGACCCUUAUUGAGUUUGCAGGAGGUGGAAUCUCGAUUGGUAUUCGCGAGAUGCAAGCCCUUUACCUUAGCAAUGCCGGGAAGACGAUGGCUGUUCGGCGGAGCUCUUGCUAAAGUUGAAGGUCGAGCGCGACUGCAACCAUCCUGGGCGCUACUGCUGACCGAUCUUCUGGUGUUCGCGCGGGUAUCGCGGGACCGUGUGCUCUUCGUCACCGAGGAACCUCUGCGAUUGUCCAGCAUCGCCGAGGCGUGCUUCACCGUGCGAAAGAGACCGACGGAAUUUCGGCUGCAGGUCGCUAUAAACCCGAACGGCAGCGCGGACAAUGGUCACACCGAGACGAUAAACAGCGGCGGUUGCAGUCCUCACAGUCGACCCAGAAGACGCGUUCUUAUUCUUCGCGCGCCGACAGCGGAGCUAAAGGCCGUCUGGCAUAAUCUCCUUCAACGGCAAAUCAUCUAUGUGAAUACAGGCUGUGGUUUGGGCUCGUCGGAUCAGGACAGCCCUGAAGAGAAUCUGGUGGCUAGCAGCAAUUUCGCCACCACCAGAGAGUCCACGGAAAGCUCGCAGAUCGCGAGAGAACCUCAGCAACCUGACGAAGAGGAAAAAGAAUCGCAUUCUGGCGAAAGCCUGGAAACGAUCCUAAAAGACUCCCGAGAGAACAAUCAUCUAGCGCAAUGGGUGCGCAAUUCGCAUCAAAUUCCUCCUCCGGAUCACGAGGGCUCCUUCGAAGAGUGGACGGCUGAGGAAUUGGCGGCCAGAACUCCUCGAGAGAGCAACAGCCGGUCUACCAGCCAGGACACCGCAACGGAGGAAGUCACCACGGCAAAUUCUGACGUGGAGCAACAGAGCACCGCGUCGAGUGCAAGUCUGAGUACCGUGAAAUCGAACAGCGUAACGCGAAAAAAUGGCAGUCAUAUAUCCUCAAAGGAGAACUCGAUGAGCUCCAUCAGUAUCUGCCGAAGGUGUCACAGAUCGGGUUGUCCUACGCCACCGUUGCAGAGGGAUCCGUUUUCUCCAUUACCUCCAAAGAUCUCGGUUCUUCCACCGACUCCCGAUCUCUGUACGAGACACAGAUUGCGAAAUGGAUUGCAUGAUAGUCCAGGACGUAAUAGUCCUAGUUACACGCCUGCGGAUGGCAACACCGAGGAUGGCAGCGAGGAUGAUCUUGAUUGUGAUGGAGAACCUCCUUACAGAGCUUUGAGAAGAUUCGGCACAAUGAGCAGUCUGGAUCAAGAUGACGAGCUGGACGAGCAGGGGGACGAUGAUAAUCGAGACUCAGAAUCGCCGCCAUCCGGUUUGAGAGCGUGGACCGCUCGAGCGAGUAGCUACGUUGUCAGCAAGAUGGUUUUGCUGGAACAACUUAGCGAAGGUGUCGGUGGUUACCUUCUUCAACCGCCGGUACCCCCAGAACGAACCGAGUUCUCGUUGGAUCCAAACGAUGAAGAGGGUACCACGUCCGGGGCGACUUCCGGCGAUGAUAUAUGGGGCACGCCAACUUCCGGCGGACCGGACGAUGAAAGCUUCACCGCCAACUCGCCGCCGCCGAACGGCUGCAGCAGCAGCGGUGGUGCGGCGAGCGCUGGUACCAUCGGUGAGGACAAUUACGGCCUAAAUCUAUCAGCGGAGGACGACGCCGAUCAGGAAUCGGAGAACGAGGAUUGCUCGUUGCCGGAGCUGAGCAUGGAUCAGUUGCUGGGCGGUAGUGGUAGUCUGGGUUCGCUGCGUUGCUUCCUGGGCAGGAGGCGGCUGGAGCCGCUGCCGGAGGAGGAGGAUUCGCCUGGCAGCGGCAAGCACCAGGUCGGAUGGUGGUGACAGCGGUUUCAAACGGCGUCCAAGUCGAGCGUCGGUGCGAGCGCCGAGGAGCGCGAUCGUGUCUUCGCGAAGCUGAGCCAGGAGGACGAGGAGUUCCGCCGGAAGAUCGUCGAUCUGCACCGUAAGCUGUCGGACGUGGACGCGGACGCGAGUUACGCGGCAUCGGAGGUGACCGGGUUGUCUAAGAGUUCCAAGGAGGCCGAACGCCUGAGGGAAUUGGAAGCCGUCGCGAGAAGAGCGGAGGAGACCAAUUCUCGCAAUGCCGAGGAGAUGAACGCCGAGAGGAGACGGGAAGCGAUGCGGAGGGAAGACUCCGCCGAGGGGAGCGACAGGAGAAAACACAGAAGUAGAAAGGGUGAACAACUGAGAAGAUCGAGGAGAUUCGAAGAGGACUUUGACGAUCAGAACGGGAGGACAAGUCCGUCCAGCACCGGCGAAACGAAUUUUCUGAAUAGACUGAGGAUAAAGAGACGGAGCAUGAAAUUAUUGAGCUUUCUGAGCGGAAAAGCGGCGGACAGAUCGCAGGAGGAGAGAGCGGCGCGAUUAUUAAGAAUGUACAUGCCGGAAAAGAGCGGCGCCAGAUCGACGCAGAACACAAUCUCAAUUCAUCAUACGUCGAGGGACAGACGCUUCUGGAAACUGCGCAAUCGGAGACGAACCAGUUCCGCGUAAAUUCGUAAGAGCCAUCGUGAGUGAUGCUUUACUCGUGGGUCACGCCCGUUUGCUAUCGACCGUCGACUAUAAAAGCGAUCGUGUCGCUUUAUGCGAAAAAAAAAAACAUGGCUAAAAAGGUGUCAUAUUUUGUAACGAGAUCAUUACGCAAUAACUGUUCAUCAUUAAAAUUACAAAUAAAAGAUUACAAUACAAUACGAUGAGCCAAAUUCAUGUAAAAGUCACGGCGUUGUAUUAGUUUGAAAAAAAUUAUUAAUAUACUAGAAUAUAUACAUAUAUAUUAGUAAUAUUAAUAUCAGAAGGGGGGAGAGAUAUAAUGAUAUAAUGAUCACUGUGAUAGCAUAGAGGACGAUUAGAAUCAAUCACAAAUACGCUUGAAGAUGCGAAUGACUAAUGAAAUAUGACACACGAGUAAAUCGUUGCUCAAAAAAUCGUACAUUAAAGAGAA